UUCAAAUCAGAGAAUUUUUACUGCUGUAAAUCAUUGUACAAAUAGUAAAGCUCAGAUAGUUUUUAUAAAUUAUUACUAAUAAGCAAUAAAUAUGUAUCGUGCUGCAUAUCAGAAAGGCUUCCUAACGGUGCUCUAUAGCGUGGGCAGCUCCCCGCUGGACAACUGGUCCACAUAUACAAAAAAUGGUUAUAUUAAACGCAUUUACGAUGAAGACAUCAAGUCCCUGGUACUGGAGAUCAUGGGCUCCAAUGUUUCAACCACUUUUAUACACUGUCCCAGCGACUGUAAAGCAGAACUGGGCAUUAAGCUGCCAUUCUUAGUGCUGCUCAUCAAAAAUAUGCACAAAUACUUUUGUUUUGAAGUCAAGAUCCAAGAUGACCAACGCUUUAUGCGCCGUUUCCGGGUAUCCAACUUUCAGAGCAAGACCUCGGUGAAACCUUUUUGCACGGCCAUGCCAAUGGGCAUGUCCCCUGGCUGGAAUCAGAUUCAAUUUAAUUUGGCAGAUUUUACGCGUCGUGCUUAUGGUUCGAAUUAUUUGGAAACUGUUUCCCUUCAGGUGCAUGCUAAUGUGCGCAUACGCCGCGUCUACUUCACCGAUAAGCUCUACACGGAAGCAGAGUUGCCCAAUGAUUACAAGCUGCUGGGCAAGCCCAAGGAUCUUAAAAAGGAGAAACAGUUUAAGGCUCCACCAACGGCGCGUCCACCUUCGCCAUUAAAUACUGGACGUACUGAGGCGACUUCAGAUAAGAAGGAAGGGCCCACUCAGGAUACUGAGCCGGAAGCACCCACAUCACCACCACCACCGGCAGCGGAGCCAAAAGCUGAAGCGGCAGAAGCGCCCACUGAGCCCGAGGCACCCACAUCCGGUGGCGGCGAAGAGCCAACUACACAAGCCGAGCCUACCGAGGAUGCUUACUAUUAUUAAGCACGUUUUUUACACAUUGAUUUUAACUGUUUUAUACUUAAAAGUUCCACCACACUAUGCAGGCGGGGGAGAGAAGAGUGAGCUAAAUUCAAAGUCGUAGACAUAAUAAAUUUAUUGCAAAACUC